AUGGCGAGAUCAUUUCGUUUGCAGGAUAAAGUCGCCAUUGUGACCGGUGCUUCUUCCGGUCUAGGUCGAGCUAUCUCUAUUCGUUACGCCCAAGAGGGCGCCAAGGUAGUGUGUGCCGAUUUGACACCAACAGCACGCUCCCAAGAGGAAGCUGGAAUCACAACGCAUGACUUCAUUGUCCAAGAGAUUGGGCAAGCCUUCUUUGUACAAACUGACGUUGGCGAUGCCACACAAAUGGAAAACUUGGUCAAGGAAGCCGUCAAGGUCUAUGGAAGACUUGAUAUCCUGGUCAAUAAUGCUGGAAUAAGCAUCGAGGCACGGUUUCCAGCUGUGCUUCAUUUGACUGAUGAAGCAACGUGGGACACGACGAUGCGAGUGAACGUCAAGUCGGUCUUCCUUGGCUGCAAGUAUGCCCUCGCACAGAUGUUAGCACAGGAGCCUCAUCCUUCAGGGGAUCGAGGAUGGAUCAUUAAUAUAUCAUCAAUCAUGAGCAUGAUUGCGGGACCGGAGAACCCAUCCUACUGUGCAUCUAAGGGUGCUGUCAGCCAGCUCACAAGGCAAAUCGCCUUGGAUUAUGCCCCUCAUAAAAUCCACUCCAAUGCGCUUUGCCCUGGAUAUACCCAAACCGCUAUCUUCAAGGAAACGACCACUAAUCUCACUCCUUGGGACGAUCUCAACCGCCGACACCCGUUGAAAGGUCCAGGCUUCCCUGAUGAUAUUGCCAAAAUGGCUGUUGUUUUGGCAAGCGAAGAUGCAAGCUGGGUUACUGGUGUCUGCUUGCCCGUGGACGGUGGCUACACAGCCCGCUAG